AUGGCAGGCACUGAGAUCUCUGUCCCUCCAGAGCAGUUUACCAGAAUCAAAGCACUGGAGGUGAUCCCAGAAGUCCUAUUAGAGGAGGAGGAAGACGGAGGGUGCAGAGGGAGGGAACCCCCCGGCCCCGGAGACGUGCAGGCCCCGUGCCCCUACGGGCCCCUCCAGGCCAAGGUGCCGGAGGGAGAGCAAGAACCGCCACUCACCACGGAGGAGAGCGAGAAGCACAUUCUGACCCUGCAGACGGUGCACUUCUCUGAAGACAUGCAGCUGCAGGACAUCAGCUGGCUCAGCCCGCAGCCCCAGGAAGGCCUGCAGGAGGGGGUGUACUCGCUGCAAGAGACGGAGGUGAUGGAGCUGCACGUUCUGGAAGGCAGCAUGGCCAUGGCCAGUGAAGAGAGUAAGUUUGUGGUGAGCCUGGCUGAAAGCGCUGGAUUGCUAAAGCUUGCGAAAGAUCAGGAGGAGGGCCAGCUGCUGGCUGAAGGGGGACUCGAUCCACAGGUGGGAGAGCAGCUCUUUUUUGUGGAAGCGAAGCCUGGAGAUGAAGGAAGAGACGAAAUUGUGCUGACCGUUUCAGACUUAAACGUGGAAGAACAAGAAGAUAAACCUGCAUCAAGUCAAGGACAUGUUGAGAAAGCCACCUCUACAAAAAAAACAAAAAAGACGAAGGAAAUAAAACGAACCUUCCACUGUGAUAUCUGCGUGUUCACCUCUUCUAGAAUUUCGAGUUUUAAUCGUCAUAUGAAAACUCACACCGCUGAAAAGCCCCAUAUGUGCCACCUUUGCCUGAAAGCCUUCCGCACCGUCACUCUUCUGCGGAAUCAUGUCAAUACCCACACAGGAACCAGACCCUACAAGUGUGGUGACUGUGACAUGGCGUUUGUCACCAGUGGAGAACUUGUCCGACACAGACGUUAUAAACACACUCACGAAAAACCCUUUAAAUGUUCCAUGUGCAAGUACGCCAGUGUGGAAGCCAGUAAGCUGAAGCGCCACAUCCGCUCACACACGGGGGAGCGCCCUUUCCAGUGCCUUCUAUGCAGCUAUGCCAGCAAAGAUACCUACAAGCUGAAGCGGCACAUGAGGACGCACUCAGGUGAGAAGCCGUAUGAAUGCCACGUGUGCCACGCACGCUUCACCCAGAGUGGCACCAUGAAAAUACACAUCCUACAGAAGCACAGCGAGAACGUCCCCAAAUACCAGUGUCCGCACUGUGCCACCAUCAUCGCAAGGAAGAGUGACCUGCGUGUCCAUCUGCGCAACCUGCAUACUUACAAGGCCACAGAGAUGAAGUGUCGCUGUUGUUCUGCUGUCUUCCAUGAACGCUAUGCCCUCAUUCAGCACCAGAAGACUCAUAAGAACGAGAAGAGGUUCAAGUGUGAAUACUGCAGUUAUGCCUGCAUGCAGGAACGUCAUAUGACCGUUCACAUACGCACCCACACUGGAGAGAAGCCGUUCCCCUGCCUCUCGUGUGAUAAAUGUUUCCGACAGGAGCAACUUCUAAAUGUGCACUUCAAGAAAUACCAUGAUGCCAAUUUCAUCCCGGCCGUUUACGAAUGCCCCAAGUGUGGCAAGGGCUUCUCCCGCUGGAGUAACAUGCAGAGACACUCGGCGAAGUGUGGCUCGGGGCCAGGAAAGCCAGCUGCCUUGGGGAAAGCGAGAAGAACCAAGAGAAAGCCAGCCGUCCCAAAAGAGGCAGUCCAGGAAGACGAAGCUGCCGCUAAGGAGGUGCCCGCCGUGAGGCUGGAGCAGUGCCCGGGAGAGGUGGUUCCUGUCCCCUACGAAGGCGUCGUGGCUGAAGAAGUGACCUGUGAUGGCUAA